AUGCGCAUCAAGCGCUUGGCUCGGCUGGGAGCUCCUACCCCUCAGUCCACGCCGCCCGAUCAGGCUUCGGCUUCUGGGUCGACUCCGACCCCGACCCCUGCGCCGAAGCCCACUGCGACUCCAUCCCCUGUACCCAAGCAGCCGGCUGCCUCGACUUCUCGGCUCCCGACCGUCCGUCAGGUCUCCCCGGUCAAGCCGGCCCCCGCAACACCCAACAAGAAGCCAAAGCCACAGGUGCCCUACUCGCAAUGGGAGGAGCGGACCGUCGGGGAUGUCUUUGGCGUAGCACUGGAUCGAUCCACAGCGGAGCAGUCCGAAUGGCGCUUGUGCUGGCUCAAGGAGCUCGAAGCUGAGCUCAAGUCCGAAAGCUUGGAGCCUCGCACGACAUUGGAGAUGUCGGAUCGGCUUCUGAUCGCACGGCUUUCCCUUGACCCAGCAGCUAUGGCUCGGUCGGACGAUGCGGAUAUCAUGACCAUACUGGCUGGUAUGCCAUCGGAAGAGACGUCCUUCGAGUACCUCGUUGGCUGCUGGAAGCGUCUGGGCGCAGCCAAUAGGGCUUACAACCGACUGGGCUAUACCUCGACCGACUGGCCACAAGCGCUCGACAAGCUGCGCAGCUUGAUUAUCUCGUAUUGUGGGAUGAGCUUGGAGGAUCCGACAAUGUUCCCCCAGCCCGCCAACAAGCCCGUCGGACCCGCCGAAUUCCUCCCAAUCCUCCUUUCCAUUACCAACUCCAGCGAUACUCCCUCGACCAGCGCGCUGUCAUCCGAUGACGUCCUCCCUUUCCUUAAUGACCUGGCCAAUGGUCUUGCUGCUGAGCAAUUGCUCGAUACCAUCAGCCCCACCCUCUCGCUCCUGAUCCAGGAGUGGUUCCGCAUCACCCCAUCGCCGGAUCUCAUGGGCGACGAAUGGCGGCGGUAUGUGGGCGCAGUAGGGACUUUGACUCAGGUCAAGCAGAUCGCCGCAGCAAUGCCAACAUUACCCGUAUGGGCAUUCCCCAGCGCUACCGGAGCGGACAUUGAGUACAAGUCACUCCUCGGCCCGCUUAUCCGGCUCAGCGUGUACCCAAGAGAAUUUGCGUCAAUCUGGAAAGCCUACUUUGCGGAUCCGACGGAACGGAAGACCGGCGAUAUCGACGCCAACAAGGCGAAUCUUCAGUCAACUCUCGGAUCUCUGCAACAAUCUCUCUUCAACAUCUUUAAUGCCAUCAUCCGGGCAUCUCCAGAGUCUCGCGAGGGCGUUCUUGCAUACAUCACCCGUGUUGCCAAUCUCAACGACAAGCGGUCCGGGAUGCGCGUCGACCACCGCACCGUAGCUUCCGACGGGUUCAUGACCAACCUUCAGGUCGUGCUGCUCAAGCUCUUCGCACCAGUCAUGGACGCCUCAUUCUCCAAGAUCGAUAAAGUCGAUCCGGACUAUUAUCGCAAUGCGACGCGAUUCAACAUUACCGACGAGACCAAGGUCCGCGCAUCCAAGGAAGAGGCGGAUGCGCACUUUGCAGUUCCUAGCACUGGCCCUCCCAACUUCAUCUCGGACCUCUUCUUCUCACUUAACACCUACCACCACCUCGGACUGGUCAAGACCAUCAGUAACCGUCUUCGAGCCGAAAAGUCCAUGUCGGAAACGGAGAAGGAGCUGAAGCGGGCCGAGGCGUCCCGGUCGGACUGGGAAGGGAAUCCUGCUCUGCAAGCUCAAGGAGAGGCGGCUAUCACCAAGUUCAAAUCCGACGUCGCCACCCUGCACGCUUCCAUCCACGCAUACGAUACCCAACUUCUCGACCCUGCCCUCGUCCGGCAGACCGUCAGCUACCUUGGCUUCCUCAUGACCUGGCUCAUCCGCCUCGUGGAUCCCAAGAAGCAACAUCCGAACGUCCAGAUCUCACUCCCUCUUCCCGCCGAGGCCCCAGCACAGUUCAAGAUGCUCCCCGAGUACCUCUUUGACAAUAUCACCGAGUACUUUGACUUCCUCGGCCGCUACUCGCCCGACUCGCUCGACAAUGUCGACAAGGAUAUCCUCAUCACCUUCACCAUCACAUUCUUGUCGCCCAAUUACGUCAACAACCCAUUCCUCAAGGCAAAGCUGGUAUCGAUCCUUUCGGCUGGUUUGUACCCAGUGGGAUACCACCGCAAAGGGACGCUCUUUGAUAGAUUGUCCACUCACAGUCUAUCGCUGCAGUAUCUGAUGCCGACUCUGAUCGAUUUCUACAUUGCAGUGGAAGCCACUGGCGGUCAUUCUCAGUUCUGGGGUAAGCUAUAUCUUCUGUCCGCGCUGACAUCAGACAAAUUCACCUUCCGGAGGGAUAUUCAACACAUUUGGAAAAGCCUGUGGAGCAAUCCCCUACACCGAGAGGCCUUCGUACAGGUCUUGCAUGACGACAAGGAGCUCUAUAUACGUAUGGUCCAUAUGUUACUAGCGGAUACAACUUUCCACCUCGAGGAGUCCCUGUCAGGCCUGCAGAAGAUCAACUCGCUGUCGACCCAGCUCGCCGGUACUUCCCUCUCCGCCACGGAGAGAGAAGAGGCCACCAGUCAGCUCAGCCAAGCUGAAGGUUCUGCCCCCUUCCACACCCAACAAGGCUUGGGCAAUGUCGAGUUGAUCCGCGAUUUCACUUCCACCACGCCAAGUGCCUGGGUAGUAGGAGAGAUUGUCGACAGACUGGCGGCAUCACUCGAUGAGAACCUCUCCAACCUCGUCGGGCCAAAGAUGCAGGACCUCAAGGUCGCCCAGCCCGACAAGUUCUACUUCAAGCCCAAGCGGCUCCUCGCUGCGAUCGCCCAGAUCUACCUCAAUCUCGGCGAAGAGCCAGACUUUAUCCGCGCGGUAGCGAACGACGGUCGGAGUUACAGCAAGGAGCUUUUCGAGCGGUUCGCCCGGAUCUUGAAGAAUCGCGCGAUCAUGACGGGAGUGGAGGUGCAACAGGUCGAGGCGUUUAUCGGCAGGGUGGAGGUUGCGCGGGCGACUAUUGCGCUGGAGGACGAGGUGGAAGUGCCAGACGAAUACUUGGAUCCCCUUAUGGCAACAGGCAAGAAUCCCGUCAUCUUACCAACCUCCAAGAUCUCUAUCGACAGGGAUACGAUCAAAAGCGUGCUGCUGUCGAAGCCGCUCGACCCGUUCAACAACCAGCCUCUCAAGCUGGAGGACUGUUUGCCGGAUGUAGAGCUCAAGGCGAAGAUUGACGCGUGGUUAGCGUCGACGAGGUCUACAGGGAAGAUGGAGGUGGAUUGA